GUUCUUCUUCAGCUUUUUUUUUUUUUUUAAUUCCUCCCAGCCUCCUUCUUCCCCCCCGCGCCCUUCCUCGCGGCUGGAGGGAAAAGCCCGUGCAGGAGGAGGAAGAGGAGGAGGAGGAGGGAGGGAGGGCUCGGUGUCAAUUUUUUCUUCUUCUUGGGGUGUGCGUGUGUGCGUGUGCGUGUGUGUGUGAGUGUGUGUGUGUGGCCGCGGCCCGAGCCUGUGGCGCGCGGGUAGGCGAACGGGGAAGAUCCCCGGCGCGGUUAAAAGAACCAUGGAUGGCCCGACGCGGGGACAUGGACUCCGGAAAAAGCGGAGGUCGCGAUCACAGCGAGACCGGGAGAGACGCUCCCGGGCCGGCUUAGGAACCGGUGCGGCGGGUGGUGGAGGAACCGGCCGGACCCGGGCUCCCUCGCUGGCUUCAUCGUCGGGCUCCGACAAGGAAGACAAUGGAAAGCCCCCAUCCUCCGCCCCGUCCCGGCCCAGACCCCCGCGGAGGAAGCGCCGAGAGUCCACCUCGGCCGAAGAGGACAUCAUUGAUGGAUUUGCCAUGACCAGCUUUGUUACUUUUGAAGCGCUGGAGAAAGAUGUAGCAGUGAAGCCCCAGGAGCGAGCGGAGAAGCGUCAGACUCCCCUGACCAAGAAGAAACGCGAAGCUCUCACCAACGGCUUGUCUUUUCACUCCAAGAAGAGCCGGCUCAGCCACUCACACCACUACAGCUCGGAUCGAGAGAACGACCGCAACCUCUGCCAGCACCUCGGGAAGAGGAAGAAGUUGCUCAAGGGACUCCGACAGCUCAAGCCAGGACAGAACAGCUGCAGGGACAGUGAUGGCGGAAGCACCAGCGGAGAAUCCAAGGGUUUCCACCGGAGCAGCUCACGCGAGAGGCUCAGCGAUAGUUCAGCUCCUUCCAGCUUGGGAACAGGCUACUUCUGCGACAGUGACAGCGACCAGGAAGAGAAGGCAUCAGAUGCUAGCUCUGAAAAACUCUUCAACACUGUUCUUGUAAACAAAGAUCCAGAACUAGGUGUUGGCCCGCUGCCUGAACACGACCACCAAGAUGCGGGGCCAAUUGUCCCCAAGAUCUCGGGUCUAGAGAGAAGCCAGGAGAAGAGCCAGGACGGUUGCAAAGAGCCUGUCUUUGAACCCGUGGUGCUGAAAGACCCUCAUCCUCAGCUCCCCCAGCUACCAUCCCAGCCCCCGGCGGAACUCCAGCUCCAGAUUCCAUCUCCAGACCCAGACCUGGUCCAGCGCACGGAGCCUCCGCCCCAGUUUCCUCCUCCAAGUGCACAGCCGGUCCAAGGCCCCCCAGAAGCCCAGCUGCAGCCCGCCCCACAGCCUCAGGUGCAGAGGCCACCCCGGCCACAGUCCCCCAGCCAUCUGCUGCAGCAGACCCUUCCGCCUGUGCAGUCACAUCCCUCCUCCCAAAGCCUCUCCCAGCCACUGUCGGCCUACAACAGCAGUAGCCUGAGUCUCAACAGCUUAAGCAGCAGAAGCAACACUCCAGCCAAGACCCAGCCCGCCCCUCCUCACAUCUCCCACCACCCCUCCGCCUCCCCUUUCCCCCUCUCUCUGCCCAACCACAGCCCCCUGCACAGCUUCACACCCACCCUCCAGCCCCCCGCCCACUCACAUCACCCCAAUAUGUUUGCCCCUCCCUCUGCUCUGCCUCCUCCCCCACCGCUGACGUCUGGAAGUCUGCAGGUGCCCGGGCAUCCCGCGGGGAGCACUUACUCAGAACAAGAUAUCUUGAGGCAGGAACUGAACACACGCUUCCUGGCCUCUCAGAGCGCCGACCGAGGGGCAUCCCUGGGCCCUCCGCCCUACCUGCGGACCGAGUUCCAUCAACACCAGCAUCAGCACCAGCACACGCAUCAGCACACGCACCAGCACACCUUCACGCCAUUCCCCCACGCCAUCCCACCCACCGCCAUCAUGCCGACGCCAGCACCUCCCAUGGUGCGUACCCCAGGCAGAAAUUUUGACAAAUACCCCACCAAAGUUGACCCAUUCUACCGGCACAGUCUCUUCCACUCCUAUCCUCCUGCAGUCUCGGGUAUACCCCCCAUGAUCCCACCCACGGGCCCUUUCGGGUCACUCCAAGGAGCAUUUCAGCCGAAGACAUCCAACCCUAUCGAUGUGGCUGCUCGGCCUGGAACAGUCCCCCACACUCUACUCCAAAAGGACCCAAGGUUGACAGAUCCUUUCAGACCUAUGUUAAGGAAACCAGGAAAAUGGUGCGCCAUGCACGUGCACAUCGCCUGGCAGAUUUAUCACCACCAACAGAAAGUCAAGAAACAGAUGCAGUCAGACCCACACAAGCUGGACUUUGGACUGAAACCCGAGUUCCUGAGCCGUCCUCCAGGCCCUAGUCUCUUCGGAGCCAUCCAUCAUCCCCAUGACCUGGCGCGACCUUCCACUUUGUUCUCUGCUGCUGGUGCUGCCCAUCCUACCGGGACCCCUUUUGGGCCACCACCUCAUCACAGUAACUUUCUCAACCCUGCCGCUCACCUAGAGCCUUUUAACCGGCCGUCUACGUUCACGGGCCUUGCCGCAGUCGGCGGUAACGCCUUCGGGGGACUUGGAAACCCCUCAGUUACACCCAACUCAGUGUUCGGCCACAAGGAUAGCCCCAGUGUGCAGAACUUUAGCAAUCCUCACGAGCCCUGGAACCGGCUGCACCGAACGCCUCCGUCGUUCCCGACCCCUCCGCCCUGGCUGAAGCCGGGGGAGCUGGAGCGCAGUGCGUCCGCUGCAGCCCAUGACAGAGAUAGAGAUGUAGAUAAACGAGACUCCUCCGUUAGUAAGGAUGACAAGGAAAGGGAAAGCGUUGAGAAAAGACACCCCAGCCAUCCUUCCCCAGCACCUCCCGUCCCGGUGAGCGCCCUGGGCCAUAACCGCAGCUCCACCGAUCCGACGACCAGGGGUCAUUUGAAUACUGAGGCUCGUGAGAAAGAUAAACCCAAAGAGAGAGACCACUCGGGAUCCCGAAAGGACCUGACCACCGAAGAGCACAAAGCCAAGGAAGGCCACCUGCCCGAGAGAGACGGGCACAGCCACGAGGGACGUGGAGCAGGCGAGGAACCCAAGCAGCUGUCCCGGGUGCCGUCACCCUACGUGAGGACACCGGGUGUGGACGGCACCAGGCCUAACAGCACCUCCAGCCGGGAGGCCGAGCCACGCAAGGGUGAGCCGGCCUACGAGAACCCCAAGAAGAGCGCCGAGGUCAAGGUCAAAGAAGAACGCAAGGAAGACCACGACCUACCCACAGAGGCCCCGCAGGCCCACAGGACCUCGGAGGCACCUCCACCCAGCUCCUCAGCCAGCGCCAGCGUGCACCCGGGGCCUCUGGCAUCCAUGCCCAUGACCGUGGGAGUGACGGGCAUCCAUGCCAUGAACAGUAUCGGUAGUCUGGACAGGACACGCAUGAUGACCCCGUUUAUGGGCCUCAGCCCGAUCCCGGGGGGAGAGCGCUUCCCGUACCCCUCUUUCCACUGGGACCCCAUGCGGGACCCCUUGAGGGAUCCUUACCGUGACUUGGACAUGCACCGAAGGGACCCUCUGGGCAGGGACUUCCUGCUCAGGAACGACCCCCUGCACCGGCUCUCCACACCCCGGCUGUACGAAGCCGACCGCUCCUUCAGGGACAGGGAGCCUCAUGAUUAUAGCCACCACCACCAUCACCACCACCACCCGCUAGCCGUGGACCCUCGGCGGGAGCACGAACGGGGCGGACACCUGGAUGAGCGGGAGCGGCUGCACGUGCUGCGGGAGGACUACGAGCACCCACGGUUGCACCCCGUGCACCCCGCUUCUCUGGACGGACACCUCCCACACCCGAGCCUGCUCACGCCAGGCCUGCCCAGUAUGCACUACCCCCGCAUCAGCCCUACCGCGGGCCACCAGAACGGACUGCUCAACAAGACCCCGCCCACCGCGGCGCUCAGCGCCCCACCUCCGCUCAUCUCCACACUGGGGGGCCGCCCGGGAUCCCCCCGGAGGACUACGCCUCUGUCGGCUGAAAUCCGAGAGAGGCCACCGUCCCACACACUGAAAGACAUCGAAGCUCGAUAAGCCCUGGAGGAGCGAGGUGGACCUCAGAGUUGGGGGGAAAACCCCAGGGAUACUCCCCCAAGACUCAAGAGACAACUCCUGCGCCCCCAAAUCCGAGAGGUGCAGAGCUCCAAUUCUUCCCCUGGGGGAAAAAAAAAUUGGACAGAGACUCCGUUUGGAUGUUGAAAUGUUUUUGUAUAUUAAUGUUGGGAUUUUUCAGACCUUUUAGCCAGGUCCUGUUUGUUCUUACACUUCCUUACUUUUUAGUUCUGUCGUUCUUUGCAUAAAACUUUGAUUUGAACCAAAACGGCGAAGGUAACAACACACAAGGAUCUGAUGAUCAUGGGGGUGGGCUGGGGGGGGGGGCAUCGAUCCGUCACCCCGAGCUGUCUCAGAGGAGGAGGCGUGUACAUAGAGUGUAAAAAGAGAUUGCUUCAUGAGCUGACGGUUCAUAUAUGCAAAAGAUAAAAGACGAAAGCUUUACUUGUACAGAUGUAAAUAGGAAAGAUUAAGUAACAUAAUACAUUAAUACUUCUUCAAAUGCGCUAUUUACAAGUCUAAUAUCAGCGAACGCGGCCCUCCGAGGAGGAGGAGGAGGAGGCCGGGUUCCCUUCUGCUAACCCUUCAACUAUGCAAUGAAUAGGAGGGCUUUUCCCAAAGCCCAUCUAACUCAAAGGAGCCUUUUCAAGUCCAUUUACAACAUACUUAAGGUCAUAUUUUCCCUGAACAAGCACUUACCUGAGAUGAUGUUAUACAACUGUUUUCCUUUUUUUUUUUUGUUGUUUUGUUUUUUUUUUGUUUUUUUGUUUUGUUUGUUUUUCAAAUGGAGAAGCACCCCUCCCCCCAUUUUUUUUUUUGUUUGUUUGUUUUUAAUCUGGAACCCAGGCUGGAACUUUGCAUCUGAAGUUGUUGCUUGUGGUCUUCCUGGGGCGAAAUGGGGAAAGGUGAACCCCCACCCCCACCCCCGGAAGUGUAAGAACCAGAAGCAGCUUUGCCCAGGGAAGAUGGGAUUGUUCUUUGAUAAUCAGGGCCAGGUGGGCCGUGUCUGCCAGACAGGUGACACAGACAGACAGACAGGUCACCAGGAUCUCUGGUCACCUCUGAUGCCGUGGUGAUGCAGGGCAGCUUCAAGUGGGAGCCGUGCCCUCCCCACCCCCAGCCCCGGGGUCCUAUAUCUCAUAGCAUGUCCACACUUACUUGUUCCAUAAUGUGAUUUAAGGACACUCACGCAGGUCCUGAAAGAAAGCUGUGCCGGUUUUCUCCACGGAUGGGUAUGUUUCCAAGGUAACUGACCAAUUGAAGGUACAUGGAGCCCCGAUGUGAAUAGUUGUUAUUUCAAUAAGAAAUGGAAGCCUGGGAAGUAAAUCUUGUAAGAGCCAUCAGGAAUUACAGAGGGCGAAAAGUGGCAGAGAGAAGUGUGCGUGUGCGCGCGCUCUUGUGCAAGUGUGUGUGUGUGUGUGUGUGUGUGUGUGAGUUUUCAUCAGUCUUAAUGUCUUCAUGACACUUUUAUAAAGACAUCAACCCUCUUGUCUACAUAUUUGGAGAGAAUAUGACUUUACUAGCCGAGAAAAAUACAAUAUAUCUUGUCUACUGGCCUGUAAAAUACAUGUAAGAAAUAAAAAUUAGUUCCAUUUGGUCCUCUAGUAUAUUAAAGUGCUACCUGACAUUGUUAUCCUGUUUCUUUGUUUUUUUCCCCCAAAAAAGGAAAAAAAAUGUAAACUACAGACCAUUGUUUUUAACAGCAGAGAGAUCUAUUUUAGUAGUCAACUGAAGGUUUAGUUGUGAAUUCAGAUUUUGUGGACACCAGACGUGUGCAGUGUUUUUCUUUCUUUUUUUUUCUUUCAUCUUUCUUUUUUGUUUGUUUUGUUUCGGUUUUUUUUUUUUUAAGAUGACAACUAAAAAAAAAAUCCCCAGGAUUCUGUGCACUGAACCUGUAGUGGUAGUUCUCAGCAUUGUAAAGGGGUUGUUCUGUACAGGGCUUUCUGCUGUUUCUCUUGUAUGUAAAAAAAAAAAAAAAAGGAAAAAAAAAAAGAAAAAAAAAAGUCCUUUCCGGAUCCUACUCAGUCAGGAAGGGAGGCAACGGGGAUCUUUAGCAUGUCUCAUUGGAGGAGCAUUCUUGUGUAAUGUAAAUGUGCCAUGUUAUUAAAAAAUGUGAACCAA